CUGCGCCCGGUACUGGGAUCGCUGCCCGAGGCGCAGACGCGGUGGACUUCGCCCGCCCCGGCCCUCGGCUCGCUGUGGGCUCGUCAUGGAGACCAACCAGAGGCCGUAUCACCUGGUGGUGUUUGGCGCCUCAGGCUUCACCGGCCAGUUCGUGGCCGAGGAGGUGGCCCGGGAGCAGGUGGCCUCGGGGCAGAGCUCCAGCCUGCCCUGGGCCGUGGCGGGCCGCUCCCGGGAGAAGCUGCAGCGAUAUCGAUUUUACGGAGAACCUGUAGUAAAAGCGUGUGUUGAAAAUGGAACGAGCUGUAUUGACAUCUGUGGAGAACCUCAGUUUCUGGAACUAAUGUAUUGGAAGUAUCACGAGAAAGCUGCAGAAAAGGGAGCUUAUAUCAUUGGAAGCAGUGGCUUUGAUUCCAUUCCAGCAGACCUGGGAGUGAUAUAUACCAAAAACAAGAUGAAUGGUACGCUGACGGCUGUGGAAAGUUUCCUGACUAUACAUUCUGGACCUGAGGGGUUGUGUAUUCACGAUGGCACCUGGAAGUCAGCAGUUUACGGUUUUGGAGAUCAGAGUAAUUUGAAAAAACUACGAAAUGAAGCAAAUCUGAAACCCGUCCCAAUUAUUGGUCCGAAAUUGAAAAGAAGGUGGCCACUUUCCUACUGCAGAGAACUCAGCAGCUACUCGGUCCCUUUCCUGGGAGCGGAUGUGUCUGUUGUGAGGCGGACCCAGCGCUACCUGCACGAGACCUUGGAGCAGUCUCCCGUUCAGUACGCGGCUUAUAUAAACAUGGGAGGCAUCACCUCUGUUAUUAAGCUGAUGUUUGCGGGACUUUUCUUUUUAUUCUUUGUGAGGUUUGGCAUUGGAAGGCAACUUCUCAUAAAGUUCCCAUGGCUCUUCUCCUUUGGUUAUUUUUCAAAACAAGGCCCAACACAAAAACAGAUGGAUGGCUCAUCAUUUACAUUGAGGUUCUUUGGUCAAGGAUACAGCCAAGGCUUUGGUCCCGAGAAGGGCAAACCAAAUACCAGAAUUUGUACUCAGGUGAAAGGACCAGAGCCUGGCUAUGUGGCUACCCCCAUAGCCAUGGUCCAGGCAGCUAUGACUCUUCUAAAUGACGCCUCUGAUCUUCCUAGCAUGGGCGGGGUCUUCACCCCAGGAGCCGCCUUCUUCAGAACAAAGUUGAUUGACAGACUCAACCAACGUGGCAUGGAAUUUAGCGUCAUCAGCAGCUCUGAAGUCUAGACGUUGGAAGAAUUGACUGAAGGCAGGACAUGCAUGAAUUCAU